GAAAAGUCGAAGAGUUCGCGCCGCAACGUUACUCUGAAUCAUUUCCUGUUUCUCCGCAUAUUUCGCGGCUUCGAGAGUGGUGGAACGUGUAUGCAUGUUUUUACAACAUGGUGGUCUUUGGCUGGAUGUUUUGCAUUUUUAUCAUAGGUAGUCGAGCGACAGCAAAUAACGGCUUCAAAAGUUAUCCGACGACGGUGAAGACCUUUGAGAAUGACACGGUUCUGCUGCCGUGUUACGUCGAAGAUCUUGAUAACGUGCAGACGAGGGUGAGGUGGUGGAGAGACGGCAUCCUUUUGGCUGACAGCGGUGAACCACGACACGAACCACCUGAAAGAGUUAGAAUGUACUCAAACAGAAGCUUGGAGGUUUCCCACGUGAGACGGAACGAUACCGGGGAAUAUGUGUGCCAAGCGUCUCGACCAGCUCCCUGGGGACAUGCCACGCAAGUACACGAGAUCGAAGUGAUGUAUCCACCCAGCGUCCAUCCGAUACCGGAGUCUGGCAAGCAGGAGGUGAAUUUGGGAGAGGAAGUGGACAUGUCGUGUGUGGCAAAGGGUGUUCCAGUCCCCAUCAUAUCUUGGAGGAACAAGGACGGAGAAAUACCAUUUUUAUAUGAUAGAUCACGUCUGCGAUUCCACGCGGAGAGCCCCGCCGACGCUGGACGAUACACUUGCGUGGCAAACAACGACGUUGGCGAACCCGCCACGGCCACCAUAGAUCUAUACGUUAGAUGUGGAGUGGUAUUUCAACAACAGAAGCGUGAAAUAUUCAUCGAGGAUAGUGAAGCACAACGCAGGCAGCGAUCACAGUUUAGUGAUAAGGAACGUCAGGACGACGGAUUACGGUUUCUAUCUCUGCAGAGCUUCUAAUUCCUUGGGAAUCACCGAGGCGGCGGUCGAAUUAUCGGGUAUCGCGAAUCCGGCCGUCUUUAAAAAGACCUCGCACAGCCUCUCCAAGACUUCGUACAAUUUCGUCUGGGAAGUUCACAGUUACAAUCCGAUAGUACAGUACGAGUUCAGAUUCCGUAAAUACGUGAACGGCGUGCCUGGUCAAUGGCAUAAAUUGUACAUACCGAGCGGCAGCGAUGGAAAUAGUUUCAUACACACGUACUCGUUCAAAUUGACUGGAUUGGAAGAGGCGACGCAUUACGAGGCGCUUGUUUUGUCGAAAAAUCGUUACGGCUGGAGCAAGCCGUCGGAAAUAAUACGAUUCGCCACGGAAGGCGCUUCCGUGCAACAGCUCGCAUCGAUGUCGCAACAUUCUCCCAUGGACACUAGCGACAGCAGCGAAUCCUCUUUUGCCCAAGUCAAAGUGAUAACAAUUAUAACAAUGAUAUUUAUAUUAUACAUUUUCAACGUGAAUUUUUGUAAGUUGUGAGAUAUUUAUAUAAAACAUAUCAACAUUACAUUAGAUUAUUACUACGUUUUAAGAGUAAAUUAGGUCGAAAAAGAAGGAAGAGCCGUUAGUUGUGUCCUAUAUUAGGAUAAAAUUUCAUUAUAAACAUUAAGAUGUUUAAAUUUUAAGAUUGUAAAUAAACUUUAA